GCGAGUCGGAAGAGGGCGGAAGGGCUGAAAGUGGGGGCGACUCUGAUGCUGAGUCACAAGAUGAUCUCUCUGAUCAGGUCAAUUUAAUGAGCUUUACCUCAGUCAUCUACAUUUUCCUCCACAACAUGGUCGACCAGACCCGCGUGUUUUUCCCUAAGGGACCCACAUUUCGGCAGCCUCAAUUAGGUUUGCUUGAGUGGGCGCGUUAUAACGACUUGUGGCAUUUCUCGCAUAAGAUCUGGUUACUCCCUCCCAUGUUCAAUUUGAUCGUCGCGCUUAUCGAGGCCCACCCAAUGUUUCAUAAUUCCUUGAACAGCCCCCAGUAUCCGGUCUCUCUCCAGCUCGCAAUUUUUCUAAAUCGGGCUGGUCACUAUGGGAAUGCGGCUGCAUGCUCUGACAUAGCUGAAUGAGCGGGGGUCUCGGCAGGCACAGUAGUCCAAGCUACCAAGCGUGUGAUACUU